GUGCAAAUUCGCAAAACAGGAAAGAAGAUUUUUCUUUUUACUUGGGAAAAUAAGCAAUCAUGGUUUGGAAAAGCACACUUGUCACUUUUUUUAUUCUUCAGCUAACUUCUUUGGGAGGGGGACAAAACGUUAACCCUGACGUACUGUUGGAAUCAGACUUUCCUCCAGCCAGACCUUCAUUGAAUAACCUCAACGCGAUCUGUCUUCAUGGCAAUGGCCGACACAGAUAUCCCACCAGCUGUUUACCACCCUCAGGUUAUGCUUAUGCUCGUCGUGCUGGAACUUCAAUAAACAGAGUAGAGGCAUGGUUUAGUCAAUGCUGCUUUGGUGGUGAGGCCCAAGGAAGUGGACAGAUCCUUUGCUGUGCCAACAAGGCGUGGGAGACUGCCCUAUCCCAUUUCUGUAUCGAGGAGUACUCAACCAUGACCCUGCCUCAUGAGUGCUGUGAGAAGAAGGGGGAAGACAGGUGGAACUGCUUUGAAAUACAGGCUCCUAACCCCUCCUAUCAACCUCUACUGGGUUACAUUGCCCCCAUAAUGCCACCUGACCGGAUUUUCAGCUGGGACCCCAAUACGUGUUAAAAAUCAAGAUGCUGAAUGAUUAUUAGUUCUUGCCACAUGAGACCAUAUAGUUUUUAUUGAUUUAGCAGCACAAAAAUUCCGAAUCAUGACUUGGAAACAUCCUAUGUCAAUUGAUUAACCCCUUGCAUUCCUAAUAGUCUUUGAGUAACUGAGCCAAGUGGGCAAAAAUACUGAAAAGAAAUGUGCAGCCUUCUUCACUGUUUGAUAUUUGGUUUAUCCUUUGAGACAAGAACUAUUUCUACUGAGGUUUGAUCUUUCACUUUACUAUUUUUAUAUAGAUUUCUUGGAAAAUUAGUGAUUAAUAAAUAAACAUAGAUCAGAAACUUUUUAUAUAUAUUUCUGUAAAAAAAAUUCUGCAACUACUGUUUAAAUUGAACGCAACAACAUCAUGGAGUACUAAAAAUAUCUUGUACUUGUACAGUUACAAUAAAGAGCCUGAUUUGAACUGACUUGGUGCUGUUGGAUGUCAUGCGUACAGAUGUUGGGGAUUCAGGGAGACAAUUAUGUGUAUGGACUCAG